AUGGUGCAGCUAUUAAACAACUCCAACAACGCCAACCAAAUAUUUGAAAAGCGAUACCAGCAGCAUGAGGAGCGUUUCAUGACACAAGAAGGGGAAAUGCGGAGCCAGAAAGCUUCAAUACAAACCAUUGAGAAUCAAGUCGGCCAAUUGGCCAAGAUGUUGUCUGAAAGACCCCAAGGUAGUCUUCCAGGUAACACAGAACCAAACCCGAGAGGGCACGUUAAUGCAGUAAUGACGAGGAGUGGUAAAACCACGGGACCUGACAAAUCGGACUCACCACCGAUCACUGAUACGGUCCAAACUGACGCUUCAGACGAGGUGCACACUAGGCGAGUCCCAGCAAGUACAACACAGUUCCAGGAGCUAGUUAAAGAUUUUAUUCCUCCUGUCCCAUAUCCGAGCAGACUGAAGAAGCAAAAGAACGAUGAACAACAUGGUAAGUUUUUAGAAAUGUUUAAACAAUUACACAUAAACAUACCAUUUGUUGAGGCGUUGACUCAAAUUCCUAAAUACGCAAGGUUCUUAAAAGACAUCCUCACAAACAAGCAGAAACUCGAAUAA